GAACUAUCUGAACAUUAAAAAGAUGGCAGUGACAACGGAGUAACCGUUUGUACAUUCUACUUGUACUAUCGAUAGACCUGUUGAAAUAUGUCAUUGACAACGCUAGACAAGAUUUUCAUUAGGUCGAGUGUGACGGUUUGUCGUCUCGAGUUAAAAAAACAAGCGUUGCCCACUCUAGAGUUUGUACGAUGGAGAAAACCAAGGUGGGUCCCACGUGCGAAAAGUAAAGAAUUCGUUUUACCGAAGAGACAGGAAUAUGACCCCCAAGAAUCGGAAUGGCUGCGGACGACAGAGAACCAUUACAGAACACAAAUGAAGGCUAUAUGGCAGCUGAUAAAAUUGAUACCUGAUCAAAGUUUACCGAACCCCAGCAAAAAGAAAGCAGACAAGGAGAAAAUGGCCACCGCAAGCUGGCAAGAAAUGCAGGAUCGAAUGAAGUAUUGGAACAGUCGCGUGGCUGUCACAAGGGAAGAAGCAGAAAACAAGAUGUUCCAGGAGAAGGAAGACAGAUUGAUGGGAAUUAUACAACAGGAUCAUAUCAUUCAACAACAGUUCUCGGAGGAAACACUCAGGAGACUAAAGCGUGAAAAGGAGGUGGGAUUCAUUACUCCGGAUAAUGUGGAAGAAAGACUGGUGGAAUGUUUGGAGAUGACGUCUGAUUACGACUUUGCAAUUGACAGAGAUGGUGUUAGAGUGAUCAGUUUACAGGACACAGAGACAGAAAAGUCCGGCAAAAAAUCUGAGAAGACAUUCGAUAUCGAAGAAGUGAUUAGUGUUCAACAGACAGAUAAACAGCCAGAUAAGACAGACUGAUACACAGACACACUAACCACAACCACACACCAUACUUUAGGGAAAUCUGAGUUAGCAGACAAGCUGUGUGACAGAUACGAGUGGAUGUAAGGCUUAGGUGAAUAGUUCUGUAUAGACUUUUGUCAAACAGCCAUAAAUACCAACAGCAGAUACUGCAGGUCAUGUCAUACCAACAGCAGAUACUGCAGGUCAUGCCAUAUUCUUAUGUGUAUUAGACUGUAAACCAUCAAAUUCUUGUGUGUCGUCCAUCAAAGCUAUAUGUUACUCCUGGAUUUCAGAUUUCUGAACGGCCCUUCAUCUGAUUUGAAAUUUCAUAUUUUGUCAAUUGAAAUGUGUUAAAGGUAUUGUGAAAUGCUUCCACUGCCAGACAUGUCUAGAAAUGACGUCUGCAACUUGAUCAAAAUAAAUAUGAUACUUUG